AGUGACCUUGUGAAACUUCCGACAGUAAGUGAGAUGCACUGGGAUGUGGCUGAAAAAUGGCAUGCACUUGAUGCAUUACUUGUACAGACUGCUUGUUGUUAUGAGGAGCUUGGCUCGGGACAUUUGUACGAUGAAAAUAAGGCAUCGCUCAUUUCUGUGCUUUCAAAGGUUAAUUAA